AUGGAGGAAAUAAAUUCAACUAGUGUAGAGUUCGUAUCAAGUGCUAUUGGAAGUGCAAUUGCCGACAAUACUGUAAAUGCUCCUAAACCACUACUAGGAAUGAAGUUUAAUAGUUAUGAAGAAGGUUAUAACUAUUAUAACUCUUAUGCAUUGUUGAUGGGUUUUGGAAUAAGAAAGAGAACGGUAAAUUACUCCCGUAAGACUAGAGAAGUGGUAGACAGAAAGUAUGUUUGUGAUAAGGAGGGCCAUAGACCUAAAAGAGACAAGAUAGAAAAUCCAGUUCGGCGAGAGACCCGAGUGGGAUGUAAGGCAAUGAUGCGAAUUAAAUUAUUGGAGGACAAAUCGUGGGAGGUCACAGGGUUUAUUGAAGAACAUACAAAUCAUGUGUUGAGUAGUCCAGACAAAGCAAAAAUGCACAAAUCACAUCAACAAUUCCAUAAAACUCAAAGAUGUAAAAAGUUUAUUGAUAGUUUGCGGGAAGAAGGUAUGCCUCCUUCCACUAUUUCUCGUGUCAUCAAUGCAACUAAUGGAAGAGAAGGUGAAUUAGUGACAUCACAACAAUGCAUUGAUCAUAUCAGAACCCAAAGAUACAACAAUAUUGGUCAUGAAUGCAUAUCUAUCAUUCGACAUUUUCAGAGCGCGACAGCGAAUGAUCCAGAAUUUUAUUUUGCAAUAGAAGUAGACAGUAGUGGACAAAUGAGGAGUGUUUCUGGAACUAAUAAGUUCAGUCUUCCAUUUGCUCCAUUUACUGGUGUAAAUCAACAUAGGCAGUCCACUUUACUUGGUUUUCCAUUUGCUCCAUUUACUGGUGUAAAUCAACAUAGGCAGUCCACUUUACUUGGUUGUGCAUUAUUAGUCGAUGAACAGGAAGAUACCUUUGUUUGGUUAUUUGAAGAAUGGCUGAAAUGCAUGCAUAGCAUUGAACCAGGUGCUAUUAUAACAGAUCAGGAUAGAGCAAUGUGUAAUGCUAUUCACUCAGUGUUUCCAACGACAAGACACCGUUAUUGCUAUUGGCAUAUGCAAAAACAUAUUAUUGAUCAUUUGCCUACUUUGAUAUCUCGUUAUGGUGAACAGUUUCAAAGGUAUUGGGGCUUGUGGUAUAAUAGUUCUUCAAUUGAACAAUGUGAAGGAUAUUGGGUUGAGAUGAAAGAGAAGUUUGAUAUAAAUGAAGAAGGUGAGGGAUGGUUGCAAACAAUUUACAAAUGCCGAGAUCACUGGGUGCCGUGUUAUCUGAAGGACACUUUUUUUGCUGGAAUGAGAUCAAGCCAAAGGAGUGAAAGUAUUAAUGCAUUUUUUUAUGGGUAUGUUAACUCACAGACUCAAUUACACGAGUUUGUGACACAAUAUGAAAAAGCAACUGAAUUCAAAGGAUUCGGUACAGAGUUUUGUGAAGAAUUGAGAAAAGAUGGGGACAUUGUUGAAUACAAGGUCUGUAAGUUUACAGAUAGAGGAAAAUGGGAGGUGGUCACUUAUGAACAAUCUAGUCAGAUGCAGUUCUGUUGCACUUGUGCUUUGUUUGAAAGUAAUGGUGUUGUAUGUAGACAUAUAUUAUCACAAAUGAUGGCUAGGCAAAUGGAUUCAUUACCUGACCAUUAUAUCCUACACCAUUGGACUAUACAUGCUCGACAUCGUAACAUUGGGGUUGGCAACAUUAUAUAUGGAAGAAACAUCACAAGCUGUGAAGAGAAGAUUAACUUAUUGAAAACUUGGGCUUUAAGAGCAAAAUUCAACAAUGCGCUCGAGCUUGCAUUUGCUUCAGAAGAGAAGAUGCAAAAUCUAGAUGAUGUGUUGACAAAAUUUAUAGAACCACUGCAAGAAGAUGUUGGAGCACAUUCCUCAAAUCAAGAUCAAAUGAGCUGCAAGGACUAA